AUGGCGCGUUUUUUGAUGAGUGGCUUAGAAUUGAAGCAGUUGGCUUCUCAUGGGGCAUUUGGGUUUUCUGGAAAAACACAAUCACCAUUGAUAAAGAAGUUAUUUGCUGACCUUUCUCAGAAGAAACUAAUCUUUCAGGGUGCUUGGGUUUCUUUAGGAGAUUAUAAUUCUGUUUUAGAUCGUGAAGAAACUAGUAGUACUGAUUCAUAUGCCUUGUCUCGCUGUGCUGAUUUUCAGGAUUGGAUAUCAAGACAAGGCCUAAUAGAUCUCGGAUUCUCAGGUCCCAAGUUUACAUGGAUGCGGGGCUUGAAUUCACCAAAUUUUAAGGGGGCAAGACUUGAUCGUGCCUUAUGCAAUAUUGAGUGGAGGCUCAGAUUUUCAGAAGCAGAAUUUCGCUUCAAUGCAGCUUGGUGUUCUCACCCUGACUACCAGAAUUGUGUUUUGCGCAACUGGAAUCCAAAAGUAGACCUGGACCAUAACCUGAAGGCCUUGACGAAACAGCUUGGAGAAUGGAACAAGCAAGUCUUUGGAAACAUCCACCAAAGAAAGAGGUGUGUUCUUGCAAGACUUAGUGGAGUUCAGCGUUGCUUAGCAAUCCAGCAAAGAGCUAAUCUGAUCAGUCUCGACCGCAAACUACGACAAGAACUCAAUGAAAUUUUGCACCAAGAGGAGCUGCUCUGGUUUCAAAGAUCACGCGAAGAAUGGAUCACAUCUGGUGACCGUAAUACACGCUUCUACCACGCAGCAACAACAGUUCGCAGAUCUACCUGGAUUAUCAAAAGGCUUAAGGAUGACACUGGGGAAUAG